CCAAAUCCCAAUUUCCCAAAUAUCAGGUCAGAGGGCACAAAUUCCACGUUUCCAAACACCAAUCCGUCCAGAAAAUGAAUUAACAACCACAUUUCAAAUUCCCUAUCUUAUAGGUUAAAAAGGAAUCUAAUUCCGAGUGGCUGCUGCCCCGUCCAAUUGUUACUUUCUUCCAACUGCCAAACACACCUAGGGUUUUUGCAAUUUCUUUUUUCUCCCCCUUUCGUAAAAUCCCCAAUCGAGUAGAGGAAACAAGUCCAAUCAAAUUCAUGUGAUGCAAAUAAUUAGGGUUUCUAAUCAGUCCCGAUGUUGAGCUCUUCUUGCUCUCAACCUCUAUUUCAACGGGGCCCCAUUUGCCUUCCCUCCACUUCCAGACUUAGGGUUAUUAAUCGACCGGGGAAUUCUCCGCUUUCGACCCGGCAUGCGAAUGUUCGGAUCUUCGAUUCCCAUUUCAAGCUAUCGAAGAAUAAAUGGAAAAUUUCAUGUUUUAGACAUGAAGAUUUUUCACGUAUAAAUCCCAAGUCUGAUGGCGUUGAACACUGUCUGCCAGAGAAUUUGGUGAAGAAGCCUGAACUAGAUAAUUCUACUGAUGUUAAAAGGGACUGGUUAACAAGUCUUCGGGAGGCUGCAGAUGUAGUGUGCAGAGCAAUUGGGAGCCGAUGGACUGUCCCCUGGACAGCUGAGACCAUAAUGCAGGUGAUGCUUCUCUGGGUUGUCUCAUUCUGGUUUAUAGGAUCCUGGGUGAUUCCUUUUGCAGCCCACAUGGCAGGUUUCAACAAGGAAUCUCUGACAUUCAGGGGACAAGCUUUGUUCAGCCUUGUGACUGAUGUAACUGAAGGCCUUGCUGGAAUUGCUAUUCUGCAUCGUUGUCUGUCUCGAUUUCGUCCUCUUCCAUCUGAUUGGUUUAGGUUUAGCCUGAAAGGUAAUUGGAUGUUUGAUGUUGCUCUUGGAUGCUUCAUGUUUCCCUUGGUCAACCGGCUUUCACAGUUCAACCUUAGCCUAUUGCCCAUUCUGCCUUCUACACCUGUCACUCUCUCAAGUGUUGAGCAGUCAAUUGCAGCGCGGGAUCCAGUGGCAAUGGCACUGUAUGCAAUAGUCGUUUCGGUAUGCGCUCCUGUGUGGGAAGAGAUAGUCUUUCGAGGUUUCCUUCUCCCUUCCUUAACCAGGUACAUGCCAGUAUGGUGUGCAAUCCUGGUGAGCUCAGUUGCCUUUGCUCUAGCACAUUUCAAUGUACAGAGAAUGCUUCCGCUUAUUUUUCUUGGGGUAGUGAUGGGUGUUAUAUUUGCAAGGUCGAGGAAUUUAAUGCCAUCUAUGCUUUUGCAUAGCCUCUGGAAUGGCUUUGUGUUCUUAGAUUUAAUGAGAUAACUUGCUAGCCUUGUACUUCACAUGUAGAUCCUUAAUCGGUUGAUCAUAUCUCAGAAGAGUAGAUUGGGGCUAUUCCUCUAGGCUAUGCUCUUCUGUACCCUGAGAAGGCUUGCUGCUUUGGUAGAUGUUGAUCGACGCAAAUGUUCAAAAUGCUUUGUAGUUCCAGCAACAAGAUGCUAGUAGUAAUUGACAGAGAUUGAUAGGCCAUUCUAUAAUUUGUCCAUUUAUAGAAUUAGUCCACUACAUCUUUUACGUCUGUAAUUAUACCAGGAACAGGGAAAAAAAUAAGCUCUCCCUUUGAAUCUCCAAUUGAUCUUUGUUUCCAACAUUUGUAAAACUACUCCAUUCUUUUCA